AUGACCAGGACCCAAAAGAAAAACAUUUUUCUCUCCCAUCAUUCCCAAAAGUCACUCCCCCCACAGCUGAUGUGGGGCAUGGUUUUUGGGUACUCAAAACUGAAAGGCAAAGAGGCAUGUAACUCUGUCUCCAGGGUGCCUCCAGUCUUCCCCUUCAGCCCACAGCAUUACACAAACCUUAAGAGCCAAUACCUGAAAAAUGCCGCUGCAAACCUUACCUUCUCUCAGGAGGUAGUGUUGCAGCGAGGGCUAUCCAGCGUUCCUUACAGCCAGUGCACUUUUGACCACCUCUACAAAACAGACAACAUCAUCCAUCCUCUCCCGGUGAGGAAGGCCCAACCUAGGAAACCUGUCAGCUUCAAGUUCUUAGGCCCCUCAGCAAGGGAUACCUCUCAGCCUACGAAGACAGAAAGCUCUGCCAAUCCUGAAAAGAAGGUGGGUAAAUCAGAGCCAGCAAGGGCAAUCCAGGAAGCACCUCAGCCUCGCAUCCGUCGUCCCUGCAGGAAGCUAGAGGUGGUGGAACUUCCACCUUCUCCAAAUGUGAACCUGGUGGAGAGGGAAGCCUGGCUUCCGCCUCCUGAGAAGGCGGCCAGAGCAUGGGAGGCCAUUGUGCUGGAAAAGCUGAACAAACGCACAGCCAGAUGGAUCCUGAACAAGCGUCCUCUGAGGGCUGGGGUGUCCCCCAACAAGUGGCAGAGCUUCCUGCGCCAGCAGUAUGACUGGAGCCACAUCAGGGAUGAGCUCACCUCUGACAGUGACCUGGAACUCGUGAAACAGCUAGAGGCGGAAGAGAUGGCAGAGUUCCAGGAGGAUCAAAGUGUCAUCAUCCCCCCUGAGGAAAAAAAGAAGCCAGAGCUGCUGCUUCCUGUUUACUUCAGAUUGCCCGGUUACCUCUCACAAGUACAGACAGAUGAAAUCAUGCCUGGCAACAAUAAGACUGCUGAGGAUAUCAAUAAAAAGAAGAGCAUCACCCAGCCCCCAAACCAGAGCGACUUCCGACAGGUGAACCCACGAGUUGCGAAGUUUACUUACUCCACAGACAAUACCUUUGAACAGGAGAUUUACUUUGGUAAUAAAGCUGGGCCCUGUGGAAGGGGCAGAGACAGAGUCUUACUCUGUUGCCUGGAUAGAGUGCAGUGGUGUCAUAGCUCCCAGCAACCUCAAACUCCUAAACCUCACUCUGCCUGCUGCAUAGUCUGCAGACCCGUGAAAGGAGCCCAGCGCUGGACUGGUCUGCCUACCCCAGCCAAGGAUCUGCUGCAACAGGGGUAUGAGGAGGAAAAGUCCACUAAAACUAAGAGAUUGAAGAGGCGACCAAAGGCACUGGAGGCGGGUGUUACUUGGGAACAGGCGAUCCUGUGGAGAAUGCUGCAGGAGUGGAAGACGGCCUGGGGCAUAAUCGUUGAGUGGUACCACGAGACAGUGGAGAACCUGCUACGGAACUUGGCCGACAUGCAUGAUCACGUUCGAAUCCAAGCCAUCAUCACAUGUGCCACAGCUGCUUUGGAACAGCUCCAGGUUGUCACCAGCCAGGAGAACUUAGACAAGGAGACUUUGAAAAUCCCACUUAUCCAGAACUUGCCAGAGGCUCUACAGCCAACCCUGGAGGCUGCUCUUGGUGACAAGAAUCCCAAUGUACAGAUGGCAGCAGCAAUAUGCCAAUAUGCCAUACAGUCACAUGAUCCCCGUGCCCAGGACAUCAUGCAGACUGUCCUUCUUAAGGGUAACAGCGUGGACAGCUGGGCUGCUGCUCAGUGUUUAGCUGUAGAAGGUGCUGUCACGUAUCCUGUGAUUAAGAGGAUCCUCCACCAGCUGUUUAAUAAGAAGAAUGAAGACACUGAAGACCGGUCUUGUAUCCUGCUAAGCCAUCUCAGUGGGAAGACAAACCUGAUAAAUGCCAUGCUGGCCAUGGAGCUGAACAGCAGUCAAUGGGAGGACCGGAUUGUGGCCUGCCGGGCUCUGUCCCGGAUCAAUGGAAAUGUCUCCUUGGAUAUGAAACGUAAGUUGAUCCAGCUGAUGUGGAAUGACUGGAAUAAGAAAGUGAGGCGUGCAGCUGCACAAGCACUGGGGCAAAUGAGCCUUGGGAAAGAUGUACACGACACAAUCAGGGUCAAGCUGGCUCGAGGAAAUUCCCAGGAGCGUGUAGAAGCCCUCUCCCUGAUAAGUGAGCUCAAGCUUAUGACCACCAAGCUCCUUCCAAGCUUCCUGCACUGUUUCUCUGAUGACUUCCUAGCAGUUCGGCGGGCAGCCUGUGUGGCAGCUGGUACCCUGCAGAUCCACGACAAGAUGGUGUUCGAAUGCCUCCUUAAUCUGAUACAGAAAGAUCCUUCCUGGAAAAUCAAGGCCUUUGCUAUUCGAGCUUUGGGACAGAUUGGAGAAGUCAGUCCCCAACUGAUAGAGCACCUGCUCUGGGCAAUCCACUACGAAGCAUCACCAGGUGUACGACUAGAAGCUUGCCGUAGCAUCCAAGCCCUCAAACUUCAAGGGGACCGGGUCAGAGACACCUUUCUAGAUGUACUGCUCCUGGAGGACCAUGAGGCUGUUCUAACGGAAAUUUACCAGGCAAUGAAGAUACUCAACUUAGAAUGUGAAGCAAACCAAGAAAUGCUUCAGAAGAUCAACAUAAAGAUUAAUACGCUAAAUCAAAAGGACUUGCUGACACAGAAAAUAUUCAAAUUUGAGAAGGUCAUCAGAAAAGUGAAGGAGGAAGCAAAGCGUAUUUACUCACAACCCAAAGAAGGUCAAAAACCACUGACGCUACAUGCUCUUCUCAAAGCUACUUUUCAGGAUGAGGUGGUUCUUCCUAGAAGACCGUCUGAGGUUUGUGACAUUGAAGCAGUCAUAAAGCCUGUGAUGCCCUGCACACCAAAUCCCUGGUUACAAAGUACACUCUCAGGCCUAGACACAAGAAAGAAAAGUCAUUUGCCAGUUGUCAAAGAUCUACGCACCUCCCUGGAGAAAAAGAUUGCUAUGGGACCAUUUGCAUCUCACCAGCCAGCUCUCUAG